CAGCGCCCCCUAGCGGAUCGGGAACCAGCCGCUCCUUCGCCGCGUCGGGCUCUACGGCGCCUGCGCCAGGGUCAGGGCCGGCCGGGCUGCGGCCACACACGUGGGGGCUCUGCGUUCUCCUCCGGCCCGGCGGGCCAGGGUCGCCGCGCCGCCGUCCGCGGGCGGACACCAUGGGCAAGAGCAAGGCCAGGAGGUUUCGGAGAGCCCCGUUCUCCCCGGCCGGCCCGCAGCGGGCGGCUAGCGGGGAGGGGCCGGCCGGGGAAGACGGCGAUGGAGGCUCCUCGGCCGCUGAGCUGCUGGAGAAACUGCAGCAUCCAAGUGCUGAUGUAAGGGAGUUUGCCUGUGCCAGCAUUUCCAAAAUAUUGCAGCAGAAGCAUGCAAUCCCAGCCUUUCUGCAGAGAGAUGUUGUCCGGUGUUUGGGUCCCAUGUUGCUUGAUCAAAGUUUAGCUGUUCGUGAAACAGCUGCUGGAGCUCUCCGAAAUCUCAGUGCUUGUGGAGGAUUUGAAGUUUGUGAUGACAUGGUGACUAAAGAUAUCAUGACACCCCUUGUAGCGCUUUUGAAAGAGUGCAGUGCUGGACUAGAGGCCAAUGAGGUCUCUCCCACGAAAUGCAAAGAUACGAAGAAAAAUUGUGUUGAAGACAUAGCCAAUGAGGCUGUUAAUGUGCUCUGGAAUGUAUGUGAGUGCAAUGGUACGGCAGUAUCUAUAUUUAACAAAGAAGGGUGCUUGGAUGUUGUGUUACAAUACUUGAAGAAAUUUUCCACAAACGUAGAUCUGGCUAUCUCAGUAGCACAUUGCUUGCAGGCAGUGACAGAAGAUAACCCAGAGCUGCAUUCUUCUUUCAAUGCUUCUGCGCACCAAGUAUUGGAAUCCAUAAUGUUGUCCCAAGACAGUACCAUGGAGCAUAUCCUUUUAAGGACAUUGUUGGCAGGCUCUGUCUGGAAUAUAAAGGACACCAUUCCAUCCAGUAGCCAGGCAAGCACAAUUAAUGCUAUCCUGAAGAUUUUCUCAGAAUCACUAGUGGUGGAUGCUGGUGAAACAGUUAUUCACAUGAAGGAAGCUGAAACACAAAGAUUAAAACUCACUGCAGAGGCAGAAACUGAGGAAAAUGUGGGUGAUACAAUAGGCAACUCUGUAUUGAAUGAAGAUGAUGAAAUGGAAGAACCACCUAAAGGAAAAAUCAAAAGAGACAAUGACAUUUCAGAUUUACUUCCAGCUGAUAAGUGGGAGCUGAAACAAGUGACAGCCUUACUGAUGGCUCAGCAGACAGCCCUGGAAAUCAUUGUUAAUAUGUGCUGCAGUGAAGAUCCCUCUGACGACGAGUGGGAAGAACUCUCGAGCAGUGAUGAGAGUGAUCUGUUUAUGGAGAACUCCUACGAUGAGGGCAGUGGGCAGCCCAUGUCACCCCUUUGCCUCUGUGCUGAGGUUCACGCAGCACUCAUGAACAACCUCAUUCCAAAGAAGAUUCUUGAAAAAACAGCUUUUCUGAACAGCGUUGCUGUAGACAUCUGUAUGCACAGUCCAUCUUGGAAGCCAUUAAUUAGAAAAAUGAACACAGUACAGUGCAGAGCUCUAAUAUGUCUCCAUAGCAUUUUGUUAGUAUCAGAUGUGGAUUGUCUUGGAGGAGCUUCAACACUUCAGUCACUUGCACAGCACCUCUCCCAGCUAGUUUUUUCUCAACCAGAAUUUCCUACACACACUGAAUUCCUGGAAGCCAUAACUAGUGCUAUGAGGGCUCUCUUGCAAACAAUGGCAUCAAAGAAUAUAUCUCAGUGUAUGACUCCUGAGCAGCUGAUAACUUUAUGUGAAGCAGGUAUUCAUAGCAGUAAUAUCAGUGUUAGAGUAAAUGUAGUUAGCAUCCUGGGAAUUGCUGGCAGCGUGCUGGCAAAAGUAGAAGAUACAGCUGAAACACUAAAGAUGAUUGGAAAAUUUCUUCUUGAGGUUGCUAUGAAGGAUUCUUCUCUUGUGGUAGCUGGAGAAGCUCUGGAUGCUCUCUUUGAUGUUUUUGCAGAUGGGAAAGAGGCUGAAAAAGCAGCAGUUCAAAUUAAAUUGCUCCCUGCACUGAAAGAAUUCCAGCCAGUCUUCAAAAUGAGGAUGCGGAAAGAAGGAAAAGGACAGUACAGUACAGAUCAGUUGUGUGUUCUUGACAAUGUAAAAAUGAAUUUGAGAAGAUUCAUUGCCUAUCAAGAGAAAUUAGGAGGGAAAAAGACUACUUGAAACGGACUUUAAAUUAAGGUUUUCUUUAUUGAUUGUCAAAUAUGUAAGUUUUGAAUUCUAGAAUUUUGGGGAGCGGGAGUUCUGUUUUUAUGUUAACAUUGCAUUUCUUACAUUAUGUAUAUUUUAUACUCUCUGAGAAGAUGCACUAUUAAAGCUGGAUUCAGCAUAUUAAAAUAUUGCAUUACUUUGAAAUUCCAUGUUAAUGCUUGUAGGAAAUGGUGUUGCAAUCUUGGGAUAUGUAAAUACAGUUUACUCUCAUUGUGUGGAAACCUUCAUAUACCCUGGCACAAAACUAUACCACAAGGAAUUAGUUAAAAAAAUAAAAUCACAGUUACCUACAAAGUUGAGAAAACCCAUAAGAAGCCUAGAUUUUUUUUUUUUUUUUAGAUCUAAGUAGCGGCUGAAUGCCUAAGAAAGUUAACGUGUACUGUCAGCUAUGUUUAAAAUUGAAAGGGCAGCUUUGGCAAGUUUCCUGAGCAAAGUAUGAUAGGUACAUAGAUUGUGAUCAGCAUUUGGACUUUUUUUUGUCCUCCGAGGCUUAUCAAAGAAGAAGCUAUGUCAAAUUCACUUUCAUCCAGUGUAAUAAAUUCCUACAUGACAAGUAAUUAUUGUGGAAGUUAGUUUAGAAGAAACCUGCAAAAGAUAUUUGGCCUGGUUUUUACUUCAUUUUGUGGGUGUUCAACUUUCUGAAAAUCAGUUCAAUAGGCUUUACUUCACUUCUGUAGAUCCUACAUUUAAGGUAAAAGUUUGGAUUCGGGAAGUAAUACACCUAAUAACAAAUACAGCUAUUUUUGUAGUGAAAUGUGAUAUAAAAAAGAUUUUUAUAAAAAUUGUUGAACUGAUAUCUACUCAAAUGUGUUUGUUAGAGAUUUUAAACUGAGACCUGUGAAAUGCCUGUAAAAUACAUUACCUAUUUUUGAAGAAGUGUCAUUGAUUAUGGAUGCAUAAAGGCAAAGAUGGACUUUUUAUAUAUGAAAUUUUUUUUAUUAAUUUCUUACUUUUGUUUUCAUGAACAAAUUAUCUCAAAUACAUGAUGUAGAAAAAUAAGUUUAGGGGAUGUGUGAAUGUGUGGCUUUGGAGAACUGGGAAUGCAGACAUUACAUCUAAAAACCAAUCAGUUAUAUUCAUUAUGUGAGGUGGGGACAUAUUCAAAGACCAGUAAAAUUGGGAAGAAUUGAACACUUUGAAGAUGUCAAAUAUUGUAUAAAAUUUUUGGAGGGUGGAGAGGUAUUUUUAGAGCUUGCCUGUUAAGCCUUGUUGCAUGAUUGAAAUGGAAUAUUUGAAGACUUUAGUGUUCUGAUGCUAUUGUGCCAGUCCGCAGAGAUUUUAGUAGCUAACACUAAAAUGGAUUCUUCUAAAUACUGAACAUUUUAACUCUAAUGAUCAGAUUUUUACCCCUGUCAGCCCUGGAAUUUUUACCAGAUUCCAGGAAUGGAUGUAUUUUGCUUUACUGUUCUGUGUCCUAGUCCCAGUGAGGAGAAGAAAAAAUAUAUUACUUAAUUCCUCUGGAAGAGGAGAUUCUAUUAACGGCUUCUGUGUGGUUUUCUUUUUUGGAUAACGUUGAGUUUGUCCAUAGGAAUGAUUUGUAUAUUUACAAAGUGUGAACUAGCAGACUUUUAAUAAAAUAUUUUUUGCAGUAAAAGUUA